AUGGAAGACGAAGAAUUCGAAAACAAAGAAAUUCCCAAGGCCAAAGUAUAUCGCCAACGGCGCAGAAACGUCGAAAAGAUCCUGUGCUCUCUUUUAUUUUUCAGUUCCAAGGGGCAAAAGAGCCUUUCCGAUACAGAGCUGCGCGAUUUGGUUGUCGAGAUCGGAAGCCUUGAUCUUCGGACUGGUAAUACGUCACCUCCCGCGACCCGCUAUUUUCUCCCCAACCUCAGCAUGGCUAAUCCCCAUGGCCUUGAGGAUACCAACACGGUGUUACCGUCCAAUCUAAGACGCUCGAUGGAUAAAUACUUGGAUGAAGUCGAACAAGAUACCAGAGUCAACUUCAGUCGGAGGCCCAUUACUCAUGACGGGUGGUCAGUAAGUGAGAAAGACGAGAUAAUGAAAGAACUACCGAAAUUCAUGAACAACACUCCAAGUUACAUAUACCACAAGGAAUUGGACUAUCCAUUCCGUCUGCUAUCUCGCGCGCUCGUGAAGACUGCCGAAGUGCCUUUUGGCGGCAUAAACAAACACGAAGAAAUCAUGGGAUCAAUGAGUGGUUUCGUUGCCGGAAGUUUUGCGCCAGUGGCUACAACCCACGGCAGUCAUGGAAUGUGUACGGGUCAACUUGACACCCUCUGCGACAGCGAUAAUCGCCCCUCGGCUGGCGAGCUUUCUGUCGUAGUUUGGCAGAUCAUGCAAGCAAUGCGUUCCGAGCAACGAAUUCAUGAAAAUGUCUGCUCCUGUAAGGUUGAAGGUCUUUUGAACUAUAGUUACCCGAGAAUUUACAUCAUAUUCGAUUCCUCUGGAAAAGUCCGUGUUCUAUCCGCGUCCCACUCCGAUAAGCUAUACGUUCAGGCAUCGCCACUCCUAGACUUCGGGUGGCUUGCUGCCAAAGAGUCAACGAAAUCCAAACCUAUCAAGGCACUUACCGAGAAAAAGUACCUCGAGAUGAUGGGCGUUCUAGUCAAAUGGAUUUGGCCUAUAACAACCGAGGAACCAUACCCAAAAGCUUUCACAAUGUGUCAACCCGGGUGUGAGAUGUAUUUUGGGCCUAAGUAG